AUGGAAGUUAGGUCGUGUAGCCAAGAAGCUAAUGAUAAUUACGAAUACGAGGAUAAUUUUGAUUAUAACGAACCGGAUAUUGAUUUUGACUUUGAAAAGUUGGUUUCUGACAUUACUAGCGAUUUAUCAAGGUCCAACUCCUCUAUAUCAGAUCUUGAAUCAUUUAAAUACAAAGAACUUGAAUUAGAGGCUGUGGAGUGUCUCCUGAAUGAGAGCGUUGAUAGCCUGUGCAAGCUUAUUGGCGUAAGUGAACCUCUCAUACCUCCACCAUAG